AGUUACGACGAUUUCACAGUGGUUCAAAGUCGGCGCUUCUCUCAGUGCACACCGCACUCACCAUUUUCAUAAAAAUCAAAACGGCAGUUUCGUCUCGCAGUUAUUUGCGCAGGUGGUGCUCUUCUGCACUUCUCUUUUGUUUUGAUACGCAUGCGCGCCGUUGGCAUUUUAGUGAAAUACAUUGACAGUUGUAAUGAUUUCAUUAAUCGUUAAAAAAAAAAUAAAAAAUAAUCCCGAAUUUUUAAAAUAACUUAAGCUUUUUUAAAGAAAAAAAAAGUGUUUUAAGUGUAAGAUCCGAUGAACGUUUGAUUGAUAAAUUGGAAUGAAAUUAUUAAAAAAUCGAUCUAAAACGAAUUAUUCGCUUUCUUUUAACGAUAUCUUUUUGUUGUUAAUUUUGCAACAAGUGUGUACAGCGUAACUGUUGGUGCGUUGGGAACUGGUUUUGUGGGGACCGUUUGGUUUUUUGUGCUGUAUUUAUGUAUAUUUGUUUGUGUGGUAUAGUUUAUUUCGCAAGUGACUGUGCGCGAUAAGUGUGAUGCUCUGGUGGGGUGCUGGUGUCUUCAAGUGACGACAUUACGACUCAUGAUUGUGUGAGGGAGGCAUUAGUGUGAGUGAGUGAGGAUCAUCAGGGGAGAGCGAAUGAUGAGCAGGUGGCGCGGCUGCAGCCCCCGGCGACAUGGCCGCGCUCUCCUGCUACCAGCCCUGCCGCUCGCACCUCGCGCAGCCCGCUAGGUGUCUGGACGAGGAGGAUAACUCGGCAACUCUCUCGCUGCGUCGUCGUCAGUUCAUCGAGCGAUGUCAAGAGAGCCGUGGCGGUCGGCACCGCGACUACAUCCCUGAGGUGUCGGUGAAGAGGACACGCGAGGAGCUUACCAAGCAUGCGGCUGCCGCGCCUCUGACCAGACGGCUGAACGUCGAUUCUUCAUGGUCCAAGGUCGAAGAGGUCAGGAAGAAGUUUGAAGGAGCGACGGAUACAUCGUACUCGAGGUCGUUUGAAUCGCCGCCGAGGCGUCGUCUAGCGGAUUCCCUAUUCGCCAGUUUCAAGUUACCGCGUAAGAAGGAAGGUAUGGCGGCGCCACGGUCGUUGGUACCCCAGCCGCAGCAGAAGCGCAAGUCGGCGGUGGAACUGCUCGCCGAGACGAAGGCGUUUUACGUCAAAUCGGAGACCGUGCUGGAUAGGAAACAGGAGUUGCCUUUGAGGGUCAGCAGCGGUCUUAGUCAGGCGAUAGCGGCAGGCGGUUGUCAUCUAGUCAGCUCGGGAACUCCUAAUACGGAUGCCUGUUGUAACCCAUAUGCUACCACCCGCAGUGCGGGCGGCGCUAGGCGCGCGGUGAGCGCGGGCGAAGGUCUACAGAACACUCUCAGAAGGCUUCUAGAACAUUCUGACAGCAGAGAGAAUGUAUAUACACCGGGAUAUGCUAUUUGUAAGUUUAUUGAAGUUUUUUGUUAUCUGUGGUUAGCUGUGACUUCAUCUAAAUCGAAUUCCCACUCCCAGCCGAGUAUGCGCGAGGAGGGCUGCACUAACAUCAACAGCCACAAGUCGCUGCCCGACCUGCAUGCGCAGGCGCACACCUACCCCGAGCCUGCGACAGUAGGCGGCACAGAUACUUUAGGCCGGUCUCCGCGUAGACGCAGACAUUCCGCGCACCAUCGGACAGCCUCCUGCUCCUCUAAAGGCACCAGUUGUUAUAGAUCUAAUCAUUCGUCGCUGAUAUCUUCAUGUGAAGCUUUCUCCGAACAUCCCUCGCCUGGGGAAGAGAACUACCAAUCAUAUAAUAGUCGUUGCGGGUCGUCGUUCGCGCGCGACUCGGGCGGCUCGAGCGGGCACUACACGCAGCGCAGCGCGCCGCCGCACGCGCGCCCGCCGCGCGCCGACUCCGGCUCCUCCACGCAGCACGAACACGCGAGUGCCCCGCCCCCGCAGUUCCAAGACGAGCCCCCCGUGUACGACUACGGGGACUACGAGUGCACGUACAAAGCACCGCUCAAGUGUCUCAACGUGGGCCGGCACGACUACACCGCGCGAGACUACACCAGAUACCACGAGCCGAGCACGGAGCUGGUGAGCAAGCAGCCGCAGUACCAGGAGCCGCGGCGGCCCAGGCACGACGACACGCAGGACUAUGUGAACGCACCACAACAGGUGUGCGUGGGCGAGGAGGUGACGUCCCCGCUGGGCACGUUCAAGCGGCAGCGCUGCCUGCGCUACAAGCAGCGCCGCCCGCGCCCCAUACUGCGCUCCAAGUCUGAUAUAUCCGACAGUUCCACUGUGGACUCCAACCAGCUCGCUAAUGCUGCUGACUAUACGGUCCAAGGUCCAGGAGUUCAGAAACAGAUCUAUCGUAACACUGAGCCUCCGAGCGUUGUAGAACGUAAUGCACGUAUUAUAAAAUGGCUGUGUCAAUGUCGCAAGACUCAAAUGCAACCUCCGCAGUGAAACGGUACAUAUAUAAUUUUAAGAGCGCUGUAACUAAUUCGCACAACUGUUUACCUCGUUUUGAUUUCUAUCAGCUUAUAUGGAUUUACUCGAUUUUUAGUUGUACAACUAAACAGU